UCGUCUUUAUUCACUUAAUACUUCCAUGGUUCCGUGAAACGUUGAACGCCAGCAACUCGUAGCAUUUCAGUGCAUUUCCGUAAUUACUGAUUCAGUCGUUGUUUCUCACGCGUACCAGCUUGUACAAAGUGUUUUAUUUUUUUUUUUGUUUAUAACUUAGUUUUUUAAUAUUAAAAAAAAUUAGCUUCAUUGUAUCGUGACCUUCAUAUGUGUACAGUGAUAAUAUAAUUUUUGUGUAAAUAACAGUUGUUUUUAUUUUUCAAACAGUUUAAGCACAAUUGAGCAUGACUUAAAGAAUAAACAGACAAUUCGGAUUCUAAAAAAUAAUCAAAAAAAAAAGUGUGCUCCGCAAAAUAAUCUUACGAUAUAAAAAAAAUAUCUAUUGAAUAGAAAAAUGUCUGAAAGACGGGGACCAAAGGCCCUUGAACUCUGGUGUCGCCGUAUAACAAAUAGUUAUCCAGGAGUUAAUGUGCAAAAUAUGACCACAUCAUGGCGAGAUGGUCUUGCAUUUUGUGCGAUGAUUCAUCACUUUCGUCCUGACUUAAUUGACUUUGACAGUCUCAACAAGGACGACGUGUACGGGAACAACGAACUAGCCUUCACGACUGCCGAGCAGCACCUUGGAAUUCCUGCACUUCUUGAUGCUGAAGACAUGGUCUCGUGCACUGUACCUGAUCGUCUUUCCAUCCUCACUUAUCUUUCUCAAUUUUAUCAACACUUUGGUGCAACAUCGCCGAGUCGACUUGCGGUGAACAGAUCUCCUGAAAAUAAAGACGAAGAAAUGUCGUCAGUUCCAGAGUCCUCAAAACCCAUAGUUGCAGUACGUCUGGGGAUGCGAAAAGAGACAUGUUCAGUUUGCAGUUUGCCUGUUUUCCUCGCUGAAAAAUUAGUGAUAUCACGAAAAACUUAUCACCGAACAUGCUUCCUGUGUGCUCGUUGUAUGAAUCAGCUAACGCCUGGCAACUACUAUGAAACCGAGGAUGGUCAGUAUUGCUGUGAGACAUGUCCAGAUGAGGACAACGUACCAAAUAGUCCCACCAUUGAUAAAAUCGAUUUCCAGUGUUCAACAAGUGAUAAUCCAGAAUUAAGUCAAAUUAAUGUAAUAAAACAAAAUUUAAGGUCAAUAAGUGAUGAAGAAAAAACUUCAAUCAGUACAAAUGAUCUUAUAAAUAAAUCAUCCUCAUCAAAAAUAACAAUAAAUUUAGCAAAAACAUCUAGAAUGAGACUUAAUUUUAUGGAGAAUAAUUUAUUAGAUAAUAAUUUUGAAUCAUCCCCAGACGAGAAACAAGAGACUCAAAUUAAUAAUGAUAAAAGUCUCAAUAAAUAUGUAUAUAAAUUAGAUAAUAAUGUUAUUGAUAACAUUAAUAAUAAUAAUAAUAAUAAUAAUAAUGAAGAAACAAUAACUGCCAUAAAAUUAAGUGUAGAUAAUAAAGAUAAUGUUGAAGUGUGCCAGGAUACCAAAGAGAAACUUGGCGUUUAUAAUAAUGUUAGUAUUAAUACUAAUAAUACUGAUGAAUAUACUAAUGAUAAUAAUAUCAGUCAAUUUAAUUCAAUUGUUGAUAGAGAGUUAGAUCUUAAAAUGUAUAAUUCUGGUGAUAAUAUUGACACCAGUGAUUUUCAAAAUACUAUUGAAUCCAGUGAAACAAUUUUGACUCCUUCAGAAAUUCAAAGUACUUCUGAAUUUUUUGGAAUUAUUGAAUUAUCUGAAAAAUCUCAAACAUCUAUUGUUAAUGAAGAACCAUCGUUGAUUAUAAAUAAAAAUAUAAACUCAAACUCUGUUAUAAAUAAUGAUGAAAAUAAUGAUUUAAAAGAUUCACAACUCUCUAUUCUGAGUGCACCAGUUAUUGAUUUAAGUACUGAAGAAUCUGAUGAGUAUCCAAUUGAUAUGAAUCCCUUUGAGAAUGAUGAUAAUGAGAGUAGUCAAGAAAUUUUUGAUGAUAAAAAUAUUGAAAAAUUGAAAUCAAUGAAUCCAUUUGAUAGUGAUGAUGGUAAUGAUAUUGAAGCACAGUCAUCAUUGACAACACCUAAACCAGCCAUAAGAUCCACAACUCCAGCAAAAAAUGAAAAAUCAAAUGAGCCUGUUAAACGAAAACUCAAAGCUCCUCAUAUUAAUUUAAAUCCAUUUCUUAGUGAUGAUGAAAAUGAACUUGUCAGUGAAGAUGAGAUACAAAAUCAAUCUCAUUCUAUUGCUACACCUGUACCUAAACCCAGAACUUUAAAAGUAAUAACAGGAAGCAGUGAAUUUCACUUGAAAUCAAGUGUCGAUCGACCUGAUUUCUAUGCUUCAAAUACUUCUUUGGCGAGUUCAACAACAACUCCAGGCAAAACAUCAAGAAAAAAAAAGCCAGCGCCACCACCACCAAUUAUUACAAAUGAAAUGUCUUCACCAGUUACACAAAGUUCCGGUGGAAUUAAAUCAAGCAACUCGACUGCGAAUUCCUUAAAUCGGACACCAAGGCCUCGAAAAUCAAAGCUGGCCCCACCGCCUCCAAUGCUAUCAAGCCCAUCAUCUCACACGAGCUCUCUUGAUAAUUUAAGCUUGAACAAUUCAACGAAUGAUUCAAUGUCCUACAAUUCUUGGGAAGAUGAAAAAAUUGGCAAAAAUGAGGCAAAUAAAACAGUGAGAAACCUUGCUUCACCUUCAUCUGAUGAUUACCAUGAGUAUUUAUUUAUAGAUAAAAGUUUACAAGGAAAAUGGAAACGUAAAAAAGGACCAGCACCAGCACGACCAACACCACAACGUCGUAAAAUUAAAGUAAUGUCAUUAAAAGAUGUAAAAUUAGAAUUAGAUGAAAUUGAAUUACAACAACAGGGUUUAGAAAAGCAAGGCGUUAGAUUAGAAAAACUUAUCAGAGAUAGAUGUGAAACUGGUACUCAUGAUGAUACGAAUUUAACAAUGAAUGUUGAAGAACUUGUUUUAGAACUUUUUUCACUGGUCAAUGAAAAAAAUGAAUUAUUUAGAAGACAAGCUGAAUUAAUGUUACUAAAAAGACAACAGAGACUUGAAGAAGAACAUGCUGAUAUUGAAUAUCAAAUAAGAUGUUUAAUGUGUCAAUCAGAAGCAACAAAAACAGAUUUUGAUAAAGAACGUGAAGAAAAAUUAAUUCAAGCACUUGUUAAAAUCGUUGAACGACGUAGUGAAAUUGUUGAGUGUUUAGAAAUGGACCGCCGGAGAGAAGUAGAGGAAGACAAAAGCAUUAACAUGCACAUGGGAAUUUACGCAGCAAAAAGCAAAGGAGAUAUCACAGAAGAUAUAGAAGAAUCAGAUUAUCCGCAAAAAACGAAAAAAAAAAAUAAAUUCAAAGAAUUUGUUAAAGAUAAACACUUGAAAAAAAGUCACAAAAAAGAUGCUGAUAAAGACGUUGAUGAAAGUGAAGUCAAGCUUGAACGCCAAAAUAAAAAAAAAUGGUUUUAAAAUUUUUAUAUUUUUAUAGCUCUCUUUUUUAAUAUAUUAUAUAUAUGAUUACGCAAAAAAAUAAUAAUAAAUAAAUAAAAAUUCAUAAAUCAUCAUGCAUCUUGACAAUUCAGGUUGAGCCAGUCAAUAUUUAACAUUUUUUACAACUUUAACUUCUCAUAAAAAUUAGAAUUUAUAAAAAUGGAAUUAUUUUGAUACUAUGAUUUGAUAAUAAUAACAAUAAUAAUAAUGAUAAUAAUAAUUUUGAGUUUUGAUUAAAAUUUAAUUUGUUAAUAUUUUUUCCGAUCUUCAAAUCUUUUUUUUGCCUCAAUUUUUAGUUUAGAUACAUACAUAGCAGAGUAGUUAAAAAAAAAUUCUAAAAUUUGGUAGAUAGUCAGGUCGUGAGGUCAACUGAGAAGGCAUUGAUAUGAACACACCAAAAAACAUCGAAUGAUUAUAUCGAUAUUUUUAAGUUUAAAAUGCUUUGAGCCUUAUAUUUAAAUUAUAAAAUUUUAUAUAAGUAUUUAUAGAAAAAUACUUUUUUAUUUACAUGCAUUCAUCAAUAAUUAAACUUAAUCAGAUAAAAAUUGAAUGGUUGUCGUUUUUUUUUUUUAAAUUAAGAUACGAUUAAUCAUUAUAUAAAGUCAUGAUCGUGAAGUACAUGAAAUAUUUCGAUGACUUGUCGUUUUUAAUUUUUAUCAUUAAUUUAAUAAGAAUAAAAUAUUGGUGUAAAAAAAUUUAAAAUAUCAUUUCUGGUGAAAACCACCUGAUCAAAUUUGAUAACCAAAAAAAGAUUUUGCAACAUUAAUAGCCAUGAAUUGAAUGUACUCAAAAGUUAAAUUGAUGAAUAAAUAAAAAAAAAUAAUAUUUAAAAUUCCAUUUUUGUUAUCUAAAUUUUUAAAUUCCUUCUAUAAAAAAAAAUUAGAUAAAAUUAGAUUAGAUAAAAUAUAAAAACCUUAGCAAGGGUUUUUAAAACUAAAAAAAUGUUAGUAAAUACUUACAAGAACCGAUAAAAAUUCGAUAUUAUUUUCAAAAAAAACUCUCUUUAGAUAAAAUAAAAAAGUUAUUACCAC